AGCUCGGCCAGCUGUGCACGCCCGACUGCGAGGCAUCUCUGACAAAAGUCCGCAAAACGAUCGCUGACGGAUGCACUGCAAAAUCCGACAUCAUCUCGAUUGAUGACAUUGAUUGGCCUGGUGCGUAUACGGGUUGCUUCGUUUCAAGAUGCCGCGCGAAGACCAAUUGACUUUUCCGAUAGCUACAUUCUUCAUUGACCGUUUUACAUAUACAUACGAGCUGUCAUGUCGGAAGGAUUCGUCAGUUAACACAACCCAUCGUGGCCCUUGGUGACCAUCGCUCAUUGGCAACAGACACUCGAACGAUUUCUGUGACGAGAUCUUUGUCUCAUGGCUUGAUCAACGCACACUCACCGACGCCCAAAAGUGUUCCGACUGUAUGCUGGGUGUUGUGCAAAUCCAGCUGAACUCCCCCUUUGGGUAUGACGAGGAGUUCGCAAGUAGAUUUGCCUACACUACCUCAAGGUGUAAAGCUUCUGGAUAUCCCUUCACAUCGCCAGCAGCCUACGCGCUUUCCUCAUCUGCUGCGACCUCCUCCACUUACAUUACUACGCCAGAAUGCUCCGACCCUUACCAAGUCCAGGCUAAUGACACAUGUGAUUCUAUUGCGCUGGCACAAAAUGUAUCAACGGAUGGAUUACAAGUGGCCGGGGGCUUGAGCCAAACCUGCUCCAACCUCCACGCGGUUGGACCAUUCUGUCUCCCUCCCUCCUGUGCGCUGUACUAUGUACAAGUGGACGAUACCUGUGAAAGUAUCUUGUCUGCUAAUCCCGGACUUACUGCGAGUCAGUUACUGGCCUGGAACCCCGGUAUCAACUCCAUGUGCGGGAAUAUCAGAUAUUUUGAAUACACCUAUAUCUGCAUUGGGUGGAUCGCUAAAUCCGGUGGUCACGCCAGCACCAUCACCUACCUCACGAGCACCGACAACAUCGGCCACCGUAACCCCAGUCCCAAGACCAACAAAUGGCUCUCCCCAGUUGAAGUUGCCAUGCGGGGAAUGGUAUGUCGUCAAGCAAGGUGA